AUGGGUGAAAGGACGGACGACAGUGAUGUAGUAGUCACAAUAGGAGUUUGUGCAAUGGCAAAGAAAGCGAUGUCAAAACCAAUGAAGGAAAUUUUGAGAAGAAUGGACAAGUUCCAGCACAUUAAGAUAAUAAUAUUCGACGAGAAAAUGAUAUUAGAUUCACCAAUAGAGUCAUGGCCCAUCUGUGAUGCACUGGUCAGUUUUUAUUCUGAAGGAUUUCCUCUCAAAAAAGCUAUUGCUUAUUCGAAGCUGCGGAAGCCUUACCUUGUCAAUGACCUUGAAUCCCAAUACAUUUUAAUGGAUAGAAGAAGGGUUUAUGAGUGCUUGACGAGAGAAGGUGUUCCAGUUCCGAGAUACGCAUUUGUUGAUAGAACAUCAGAAAACCCAGUGAAAGUUGUUGAGCUUGACGAUUCAAUUGAGAUUAAUGGUGAGGUUUUUCACAAACCAUUCGUAGAAAAACCUUUGCAUGCUGAAGAUCAUAAUAUCUACAUCUACUUCCCUAGCAGCGCUGGAGGAGGCAGUCAGCGUCUCUUUCGAAAAGUUGGAAAUCGCAGCAGCAAGUACUUUCCACACAGUAAUAUUCGAACAAAUGGAUCUUAUAUGUAUGAGGAAUUUAUGCCAACGGAUGGUACAGAUGUAAAGGUUUACACGGUCGCAGAUGAUUAUGCUCAUGCAGAGGCUCGAAAAUCUCCUGCCUUAGAUGGGAAGGUAGAACGAGAUCACGAAGGUAAAGAAGUUCGCUAUCCUGUCAUACUAACACCUAGAGAGAAAAUCAUUGCCAAGAAAGUAGCAAAAGCUGUUCGGCAGCAAAUCUGUGGAUUCGAUCUUCUUCGGGCUAAUGGAAUGUCUUAUGUUUGUGACGUAAAUGGAUUUUCUUUUGUAAAGUCAUCCAAAAAGUACUAUGAUGACUGUAGUCACAUUCUUGGUGUGUUAAUUACUCGAAAAAUAGCACCACGAUUGUGUUUGCCGACCAACUUGCCUCCAGGUACGGAUGUAGAUACCCCGCUGGUACCAACAACUUGUGGAGCAAUUAUGGAACUUCGUUGUGUAAUCGCUGUCAUUCGUCAUGGUGACAGGACGCCAAAACAGAAAAUGAAAAUGGAAGUUUGCCAUCAGAAAUUUUUCUCAUUUUUCACUAAGUAUGCAGGUGGUUGGGCUCGUGAAUUAAAAAUCAAACGUCCUACCCAGUUGCAAGAAAUUUUAGAUAUUGUGCGAUCCAUUUUGGAAGAAAUUGAUUCUGGCCAGUGUACUGAUAAUUGUCUUCUUCGAAUAAAGCCAAAAUUUGAGCAACUAAAAUAUGUCUUAGAAAUGUAUGGGUCAUUUAGUGGAAUUAACCGUAAAAUUCAGUUAAAAUAUCAACCACAUGGAAUUGGUAAAGAAUCAAAGAUUGGUUAUUCAAGUAGUAUUCCAAUAUCUUGUGACUGUACUGACGAAUGUGACAACACCCAACCUUGCCUAUUAGUUGUCGUGAAAUGGGGUGGAGAAUUAACAGCCGCAGGCAAGCAACAAGCAGAAACUCUAGGAAAAGCUUUUCGUUGCAUUUACCCAGGUGGAGAUGGCCACUAUGGUAAAGAUCCUGGUCUUGGGUUAUUACGUUUACACAGUACUUAUCGUCAUGAUUUGAAGAUAUAUGCUUCUGACGAGGGUCGUGUCCAAAUGACAGCUGCAGCUUUUGCCAAAGGUUUCUUGGCACUAGAAGGAGAAUUACCACCAAUCCUUGUUCAGAUGGUCAAGUCAGCUAAUACGAACGGUCUUUUAGAUAAUGAUAACGAUUGUCGUCACUAUCAGCAGAUGGUUAAACGUCGAAUCAAUGAAGUUAUGUCAAAAAACAGUGAUUUCACCGCUGAAGAUAUUGCUACUCUUGUUCCUACCGGCGCACGUUCUAUAAUUAAUGCUAUGCAGUAUGUUAAAAGCCCGUAUAGAGCAUGUGGUCGCCUGUUUGAACAUGUUCGUCUGUUAUCUAAUCGUCUUGCUUGGCUCUCACGAAGUUCCAAAGAACGCAGUCGAAUACACUUGUAUCAAGGUGAAAGUUGGGACCUAUUGCUCAGACGUUGGGGAAAGCUAUUAAAAGAUUUUCGAUCUCCUGAAGGAGAAUAUGAUCUUUCUAAAAUUUCAGAUAUAUAUGACAACAUAAAAUAUGACUUGCAACAUAAUUCUGGCAUUUUACUAGAAUCUGAGGUGCAAGAUUUCUUCAUGUGUGCAAAGUCGCUAGCUGACAUUAUUGUCCCACAGGAAUAUGGUAUAACAAAAGAAGAAAAACUAGUAAUAGGUCAACGUAUUUGUACUCCACUUAUGCGAAAAAUUUUAUCAGAUGCUCGUUAUACAGAUGUAGAUGAGUGUACACGGCUGCAUGCUGGUUAUUCAAAAGGAGUUGCUUCACCUGAACGAUUUGUUCGUAGUCGCUUGUAUUUCACUAGUGAAAGUCAUAUUCAUUCAUUACUUACUUGUCUAAGAUAUGGUGAAUUAGCAGACAUUGUAACAGAUGAACAAUGGAGACGUGCUAUGGAGUAUGUGUCGUCUAUUUCUGAAAUUAAUUAUCUUGCUCAAAUUGUAAUUAUGAUUUAUGAAGAUCCUACUGUGGAACCGAAAACUGAAAAACGAUUCCAUGUUGAAUUACACUUUAGUCCUGGUGCUUUUGCAUUAUGUCAUGAUCUCCCUGAAGGGAGUGGUUUUCGAUCGGGAAAAUUGGUGCGUCUGAAUUCUCAAAUGAGUGUAAUGAGUAGCGGUACAUCUGUGGAUAAAGGAAGUUCCGACUCAAUGCCGCAAUCAGUAAUCCCUUCUGUUACACCUAUUGUUCCUGCUAGUGAACAAGACAGGAAAGAUCUGUUUGAUAAAUAUAGUGGUAGACAAACAGAUCGAAGUAGUGAAUAUCACCAGAAUCUUGGGUCAUUUGACUCGAGUGAAUGUUCAUUCUCGGGAUCUUCCGCUAACGACAAAGCUUCAGGUAAAUCUUCAACAAUGGUAUCAAAAAAACUUGAUUCUUUAGAUUUGUUUCGUUGGAGUUUUGAUAGUGAUAGGAAUACGUAUGAAUUAUGUAAGAAUCAAACAGAGACUUUUAAUGAUUCAUCUCUUAUCGAGCAAUGUCCGGUUCGCAGGUCACAUAGUGUUCGUUGUAACCUCGCUUCAAAUGUUUCUCGAGAAAACACUGUUAAUCACGAAGAAACUUUGAUUGUCAACCACAGAUCGCAAUCUCAAGGUCGUCCUUCUGUUUUGCCAUUAUCACCUGUACCAUCAACCUCUACGCUAGAAUUAAUUGGGACUCCUACAGCGUCAAAUACAGAAGUUGGUAUUGGACGAUUUACUGUCACGCGGUUCACUGAUAAUAAAAGUAGUUUGGGUUCAACUUUUCCAAAUGAAUCGAAAACUGAUAAAUUAUUGUCGACAUUACCGUAUACAAAUAAACUAAAAACAUAUCACCUCAAACAUUUUUCACGUUCGAAUUUCUGCCAAAAUUCUGCCCGUAAUAGGUCUAGUUCAUGUCAUCCUGAUGUUUACAGAAGGACAAAUUUAGCUACAACCCUAUCAUCAAAACCUAGAUAUUCAUGUAUUUCAAAAUUACUUCAAACGACAGGUAAGCUUACUGAUUUUGGCGACUUUAAGAAAUAUGAUUAUAAUGAAAAACUGUCUUUUGAAUGUUCCUGUUCAAAUACUAAUUCGUCACGUUUCGCUCCUGUAAUUCAAUGGCUUUCAAAGCAGUCAGAACACUUAGUGAAAUCAGAUGAAAAAUGUGACAAUGGGGAUCACAAAUCAAAUCCAAUCAACAUAGAAGACAAGAGAGUUCGAGAAACACCGAAAUGGCUAACUUUGGGGGCUCGUAAAUUAUACGAUUCGGCUGGUUCAAAUAGUUCUACUAAAAUAAAUCAACAUAAUAGCACAGGCUCUGUUCAUUCAUCAAAAAAUCAAGAUUUAAUUUCCACAUCUACUCGAGCUCGUUUAACUCCACUUCCUUCUGAUGAACCGGUGUGUCCCAACGAAUCGACUCAAUUUGCAAUGGAUUUGCCAUUUAGUCAAAUUAAUUCUCAACCAGUCAACAAUUUUUUGUCAUCAUCUGGGGCUGACAGUGGUGUAGAUGAUGAUCCUGUUAUCAACCAAACUUUGAAUGCUAUCACUUACCCUAGUCGUCAAAGUCCAUAUCAUUUAGAUAUUGGACGUCUUAUAAGAGCUGUUGCCACGGGAGCGCCGUUUGCACCGCCAAUAUGUCGAAGUCUUAUAAGUACAGCGGUUAUACGUGGUUCACGUGAUGAUAGCCAAGCAUCUAGUAGUGUUCCUGAUUUUAAGAGAUUAACAGAAGAUAUAAGCGUGGCACCGCGAACAUUAACACCUGGAAGCUCUCAAGAAUUUUUGGUUCCCAGUGCGCCAUGUGUCCCAGAAGUGUACCCCCUGGAAACACUACAUAACGCUUUAACUUUAAGUCAAUUGGAAGCCUUUCUUGUUCGUUUAACUACUCAUAAGUUUCCGACUCCAUUUACAUCACCGAAACACCCAUCUACUCCUGUAAAUUAUUAUCACCAUCACCAUCACCAUCAACCUCAGUUAAGUCAAACUACUCUUGAGUUCUUCUCUCAGUAUCAUGACUUGUGUACUAAUCUAUCUUCUUCACUUCCGAAUUCUACUGGAGAUGAUACUGCAACACAGGACUGUUCCAAUAUUGUUGAUGAAGCCUCUACUCAAGUACAGCAACCUGUGUCAUCAAAUGUUACGUCAAUAAUCCCAUCCGCACCACCGUUUCAAAACAUUACUUCCGGAAAUACAAAUUACCAACAGUAA